AUGGAGGCAGCGGUGCUGAACCCCGCGAUGUUGACCGAGGUGGACUGCAACAGCAACACCCUGAACGCCGAGCUGGAGGUGAAGAAGCUGCAGGAGCUGGUCCGGAAGCUGGAGCGGCAGAACGAGCAGCUGCGGACGCGAGCGAGCGGCUGCUCGGGCGGCCCGCACGCGCUGCCUCCGUCCCCGGCGUACGUGCUCGGCGGCGCCGGAGGAUACUGCCUCCCCAGCUCGCUGCCCACCUUGCUGUGUCAGUCGUCCUUAGGGUCAUUCGCGCCCCCGGACGAGCCUCUGGACUACUUCCUCCCGAACGCGGGCGGCGAUGGAGCGGCGGAGGCGGAGGACGGAUCCGAGCCGUCGGUUCUGGAUGAGCUGGAACUUCUGGACCUGAAUUCUCUGUCCUGCUCAGAUGAGUCUGAUGAAACAUGGUUGUACGUGUCCUCAAAAGCUCGAGAGUCCGCGGGCGACUCCCUCACACCUCUGCAGUGGUGUCGGCAGGGCCUGGACAGCCCCAAAUCCGAGGUGGAGGUCGCCAGGCGAUCGCUGUCCCUCCGACUGGAACAAGUCUCCAGGUGGCGUAGCUCCCUCUCCAGCCCUUCUCCCUCCUCCUCCCCGGGCCCCCCUCUGAGCCGGGUGGCCGGAGUGUCACCCAUCAGUGCUUCCUCGCCAGCCAAACCCUGCUCCACCCCCCAGUCCUCUGAAAGACACGCUCCACCCCUCUCCUCCCCGCUCCACCCGGUCCUCCAUCGCACGCUGAGUCCUGUAGGGAAGGAGCUCUCCCCCGUAGCUGAGAGGACUCCCACGUUCCUCCCUCACCACCGCAGCCGCAGCCUCCGGCGCUCAACCCUCAGUCCCCAGUCGUCUGUGGACAGCGACUUCGGUGCCUCAGAGGUGGAGGACGACUCCAUCACUCUGGGAUACAAACUGCACGACCUCACCGACGUCCAGGUUAUGGCCCGACUGCAGGAGGAGAGUCUAAGACAGGACUACGCCAGUACAUCAUCGGUCCUGGCCAACCGCCGCAGCCAGAGCUUCACCUUCCAGCUCAGCCAGCUCAGCGCCGGCCCCGACCUGGAGGAGGAAGACGAGGAGGACGACGAAGACUACGGCCUCCUGCCCCCGCCGCAGCCACGCCUCACCCGUCUCCCGCACUCCCACACCUUCUCCAGCAUCCGAGACUGGCGAAGAAGCACAAGUUCCCUGUCCACCCCUCCUUCCACCCCCUCCACCCCUCCUUACCCUUCCGCUGGGUUCGCCUUUCAACCUCAGCCCCAGGGUCUGGGACUGGGACUGGGCAGCCUCUGCGCAGCCGAGCCACAGGGCCUCAGACCAGGAUCAGCCGAAUUUGAGAAUAAGCUGCGGAGGAGCAUGCCUAACCUUGUCAGAGCUCCCAGCAUGUCUAGUGUGCCCAUUCCAACCAAUCCUAGCGCUUCCCCUUGUUUGCUUCGUAACAGCCAGAGUUUUGAUUCGUCCAGUGGGCUGACUCGACUGCAGUCCUCCAUCCCCUCCCCAGGACAGCUGCAGAACAGGGUCCAGAGCGUCGGGAACUUUGCCUCGUUGUCACGGCAACCACUGAAAGCCACCGCCUACGUCAGUCCCACCAUCAAGGGUUCGGCCUCAAUGCCGACCUCCACCAGCCUCCAGUCUCUGAGCAGCAGCAACGGGGGUAACAACGGGGUAGGCAGUGGGAUCCCUCUUCUCAGUAAACAGGCUGGUGGAGGGGGCAUGCCCACUUCCACCCCAGCCGCUCGCAGCAGCCUGCCCCGCCCCGCCUCCUUCGUUGGCACCACAAGUUCCACCCCCCGCAGCAAGGUGGCCCAACCAGCACGAAGUUUACUGACACCUCCAAAGAGCCUGUCCACCCUCAGUGCCCUCCGUGACAGCACCUGGAGAGACGGCUGCUACUGAUGAACGGAUGAAGUGGUGCAGUGGCCCCCCGCUGGCUGGGGUACGUCACUACGCCUCAGCAGAAAUUGAGACAUUUCAAUGGGUUGGACCAAAAAGUAACAAUUAGGUUGUCUGAGAUCCUGCAUAGAAUGGGUCAAUGUCCAAACAGUAGAGGAAGAGAACUCAUCCAUUCAGUGCUAUGCAGAAUUUCUUCGGGGAAGGCGGGUUGUUUCUAUCUGGAUGCACGUCAGGUCUCAUUUUACUGACGGCUCGACUGAGUUUGGUUCGUGCCAAGAGGGAGUUGCUCCCUGCUGCUCUUGUGCAAUAAACCACCGUCUGUAGGGUACCAGUAAUACUAAGCGAUUAAAGAGGGCUGCCAGUUUUUAUCAAAUGAGUCUCACAAUACUGCAUUUAUUUAUAUAUUUAUUUUGAACAAAGUUUUUGACUAAUCAGGUGUUUUCCCUCUGGCAACAAGAGCCAAUGAUGCUGCUAAAAUGUCAUCAGUCCCUGUUUGUUUGGGCACAUUUGGUCUGAUUUUUUUCAAGACAUUAAAGUAUGUAUUCGUGUACAAUGCUGAACGAUUAAAUGUGCAUACAUAUAAGUAUAUAUAUAUGUAUAUAUAUAGAUGCAAUACUAUUGAAUUUUAAAAUCUGACUCUUGACCAAAAGGAAAAUGUUUCAAUGUGUUUACUAAAUUCUCACCAUGGCGUACAUAUUUACCCUUUCUAAUCACCGACAAAGGAUCUGUUCUUGUUGCACUUUGUAUAAAUCUCUGAAGUUACUGAUAUUUUUAUGUUCUGUUGACUAAUGUUUGCACUUCUGCAUUUAAUCUUCUGAAUUUAUGGAAUAAAAUAGUGAAGUAAAUGUUUUGGGGAGAUUUCACAGUUAAACACGGCAUAAUGUAGCACCCUUUGUUUGUAAUAUUCCACCUGUGUUUUUAAAUGGCCGCUACCACGUUUCACAGAAUCCUAAUACUUUUG